AUGUGGUCCCGAAGACACCACCGGAAGAUGCGAGAGACCUGCUAUAUUCCCCUUACCAUUGCGAUUCUCGUACUCGUCUUUUUGCACCGUCGCCAUAUCAGAAAGUUACGGUCGGAAGAUGCAAAUGAUAAACAUAAAUCUCUGGACUUCGGCUUGGAUGUCGUCCCCUCGGGCAACAAGAAGAGGGGUCGAGGGCGGAAGGGCGGAAUGGAAAUGACCACCGCCGACGCGGAAAAGUCAGUUCGUCGUAAUGAUCGUGGUUUGUCCAUGGACAUCACCAUGACUAGCCCUUAUCUCCUACCGCCUGCUCUCAAUGGUUCGCACGAUUCGCUACACUCCUUGUCAAGAUCCGUCCAUGCCGAUGACGACAGAUACCGCACCGCAACAGCCUUUUCAGCCGGCGAUAAUUCAUCCAUGCGGUCAUUCACUAGCAACUUGAAGCCGUUUCCGGAUGAUUCUGUCAGUUUUACAGGCAUGAGUAGUCGCCAUGCUCCACCUGGUGAUGAGAUGCAUGCCAAUCUCCUUCGAAACGCGCAGCGCAUGUCUAGAGCGAGCCCUCCUCCCGGAACUGCCACGCAUUCAAUUGGGUCAAGCCAGAGUCACAGGAGCCCUCCGCGCAAGUUGACAACACCCACCCCCAAUAUUGUAUCCGAUCGAUCCGGCAUCCAUUCUCCAGACCGGUCACUUGCGCCCAAGAGCAUUUCCACUCCUGGAAGUGAGCUCAGGAAGAGCAAUGAUUACCUGGGCGCUCUCAUCCAACGAGGUACAACUCCAGAAACCAGUGACCGUAACUGGCCCUCUCCUGCACAAGGCGAAGCCAUUUCUCAGAACACCCAAUCUGAUGAAUUGUAUCUGACUUCUACCCCUACGGUUCACCCCCCGUCAUUCGACCUUCCGGAUCUAGACAAUGUCCUUCCUGAAUCAAAUUCCUCGUCGCAGUCACACUCUCACGCACCGCCAGCCUUGAUCCCACACCCGGCUCCGACCCCGGGCUCAGCCCCGGUACUGCCCCGUAUUUCUCUGCCAUCAGACGAUGACCAUAGCGACUAUGGAGACGACAAAAGAAAUUCAACUUCAGUUCUACCGCAAGUGAACGUGGAUACCUCUGAGUCAAACACACAUCAACCGGACAAAAACGGUCGUCUGUCUACCAUGUACGAUUUCCCAGAUGACCAAGGAUACACGUUCGACUCCCGCCGUCUUACAGUUGGUAUCCGACCACUGCCACCAGAAGAUCCUUCGGACAACCCCGAACAACGAGCCAACCGCAUCCGAUCAUUUUACAAGGAGUACUUUGAUGAGAGCAACAAACAUCAUCCUCCGCAAGAGGAAUAUUACGAAGACUACGGCGAAAAUGACUAUCACGAAGACAUGCUGUACGACCCAGCCUACCCUGAUCCCUACUAUGGCGGCAGCGAUGAUAUGGGUUUCUACCCACCAGAACCACCCCCAUUCACCCAGCCUAUGGGACGCCGUGCCAUGACUCCGCCACCUCGAAUGCCGCCAAAUUUCUACACCCAACCAUCGCGCCAACAAGGCGCCUCAUCCGCCUUUGGCUAUGCAGCAAGCCACAGAACAUUCUCUACAACGUCGGGCGAUCCAGGACCCCGUGCAAACUCAUCGAUAUCUAACAGGGGACCGCCAAUGCCACAGAAACCCCAAUUGCGGCCACCAGGCCCCCUCCACGUCCUCCCCAGCGCGCAUAAGCUCAAGGAUGACACCAUGGUUCUCCCCAUCGAUUACGCCCCCGGUCCCACCGCGAGUGAUCGUCGAGCAGGUCGUUCUGAGACACCUCGCGGGGGACUUCGACCGUAUGUCCCCGUACGCGCGGCGAAUAUCGCUCUGGCGUCUUCCUAUGAUGAUCUCGCAGCCAUGCCUAGUCCUGCCAGGCCAUAA